AUGGCUGGAAUAGUGGUUAAACUGGUGGCGGCGGAGUCGUUGUACAAGAGAGACGUUUUCCGGUCACCCGAUCCGUUUGCCGUAUUGACAAUUGACGGGUAUCAGACCAAGUCGACUUCUGCAGCGAAAAAGACUUUGAAUCCUUACUGGAAUGAGAAUUUUAAGUUUACUGACGUCAACGAGAAUUCUAUCUUGACGAUUCAGGUGUUUGAUCAGAAAAAAUUCAAGAAGAAGGACCAGGGGUUUCUGGGGGUGAUCAACAUCAGAAUAGGCGAUGUGCUGGGUCACUUGGAUGAAGACACGGCGGCUGGCACACGGCCUCCCGAGGAGACGAUAACUCGGGAGUUGAAGAGGUCGAAUGAUGGCAUGGCCGUGAGUGGAAGACUGAUUGUCGUGCUGUCGAAAGAGGCCACGAGCUCUGGCGGCAGUUCUAACGAGACUCCUCAGGCGAACGGCGGGAGGUUGACCAGCUCAUCUCGUUCCCAGUCGGGGUCCCACACGCCGAGACCCACCGCUGGAUCAGUGGAGCACACUCUGCAGAGCGGCGCGAACGCGUCUGCGGAGGCUUCUUCCGGCACAAACGGCUCAGCUAGACAAUACUCGUCGUUCGAAGAUCAGUAUGGGCGGUUGCCUCCUGGCUGGGAAAGAAGGACCGACAAUUUCGGUCGCACCUACUAUGUGGAUCACAAUACAAGGACAACGACGUGGAAACGCCCCACUCUGGAUCAGAGCGAAGCAGAGCGUGGUAACCAGUUGAACGCAAACACUGAGGCGCAGAGAAGGCAGCACAGAGGCAGAACUUUACCAACUGGAUCUAAUGACAGCUCCUCUGUGACGGUGCAGACUGGAUUUAGCCCGCAAACGCCGGCGGUCAACGGCUCGGCUGCUGCAGCCUUCGCGGCUACAGGCGCUACAACAUCCGGUUUGGGUGAAUUACCUUCUGGUUGGGAACAAAGAUUCACGCCAGAGGGAAGAGCUUAUUUCGUGGAUCACAACACGAGAACGACUACCUGGGUGGACCCCAGAAGACAGCAGUUCAUUCGUACUUACGGCCCAACCAACACUACGAUACAGCAACAACCGGUUUCUCAAUUGGGUCCCUUGCCUUCAGGUUGGGAGAUGAGAUUGACCAAUACCGCUCGUGUCUAUUUCGUUGAUCAUAACACAAAGACAACGACCUGGGAUGAUCCUAGGUUGCCAUCAUCAUUGGAUCAAAACGUGCCUCAAUAUAAGCGUGAUUUCAGACGUAAAGUCAUAUACUUCAGAUCUCAGCCCGCAUUGAGAAUUCUACCGGGUCAAUGCCACAUUAAGGUUCGUAGAAAGAAUAUCUUCGAAGAUGCUUAUCAAGAGAUAAUGAGGCAAACUCCGGAAGAUCUCAAGAAAAGGUUAAUGAUUAAGUUUGACGGCGAAGAGGGCUUGGACUAUGGUGGUGUUUCAAGAGAGUUUUUCUUCUUAUUGUCGCAUGAAAUGUUCAAUCCAUUCUAUUGUCUAUUUGAGUACUCGGCUCAUGAUAAUUACACGAUACAGAUAAAUCCAAACAGUGGUAUCAACCCCGAGCAUCUAAACUAUUUCAAGUUCAUUGGUAGAGUCGUUGGUCUGGGUGUAUUCCAUAGAAGAUUCUUGGAUGCCUUUUUUGUUGGGGCUUUGUACAAGAUGAUGCUCCGUAAGAAAGUGGUGCUGCAGGAUAUGGAGGGCGUUGACGCCGAGGUUCACAACUCUUUGAAAUGGAUGCUGGAAAAUAGUAUAGACGGCAUACUGGAUUUGACAUUCAGUGCAGAUGACGAGAGAUUUGGCGAGGUAGUCAACGUUGAUCUAAAGCCGGACGGGAGAACCGCUGAAGUGACAGACGAGAACAAAAAAGAAUACGUCGAGUUAUUCACACAAUGGAAGAUAGUAGAUAGAGUUCAGGAACAGUUCCGAGCCUUUAUGGAUGGAUUCAACGAAUUGAUACCAGAAGAUCUGGUCACGGUCUUCGACGAAAGGGAACUAGAACUCUUGAUAGGUGGUAUCGCUGAGAUCGACGUCGAAGACUGGAAGAAGCAUACAGAUUACCGUGGUUACCAGGAAUCGGAUGAAGUCAUCAAAUGGUUCUGGAAAUGUAUCACAGAAUGGGAUAACGAACAAAGGGCACGUCUACUACAAUUUACAACUGGUACUUCGCGUAUUCCCGUCAAUGGUUUCAAAGAUCUGCAGGGUUCUGAUGGCCCAAGAAGAUUUACCAUUGAAAAAGCGGGAGAGCAAGGACAAUUACCGAAAUCGCAUACCUGCUUCAACAGGGUGGACUUGCCGCCAUACGAAGAUUACGACAGUCUGAAACAAAAACUUACAUUGGCCGUGGAGGAAACGAUAGGAUUCGGUCAGGAAUGA